GCCUAUGUAUUGUUAUGUUGUAAAUGUGAACAUAAUGCCCCCAUUUCAGAUUACUCUGACGUUUCCAAUGAUUUAUGAAAACUUGCUUGAUGGGUCGAUGUCCUCAUUGUGGUUUUACAUACGUGUUUAAUACGUUUUAUAUACACACUUUAUUAGAAUAUUUAUGAAAUGAACAUUGUUAUAUUUGGUAACGCUUACUUAUUUUCCUUCGACUCCAACACCAUUCGAUGCAUUGAACGGAUGUGGGUGUCUACGUAAGGGUGCAAAUUUUUCUUUUUUACUCACAAAAGCCUUGGGGUCGAUACGUAAGGCGUAUUAAAGAGCAGUGUGCGGGUUUCUUCUUAUUUCUAUUCUUAUUCACCUAUUACCAUGCACCUGCAAAAAAUAUAGCUCAGAUGUGCGAGUGUCUUUAUCAUAAUCUCUGGUAGUUUUUUAUUUUAUUUAUAAUUUGUUGAUGAGUUACAAGAUUAUGUCGAGAUGCAUCGAUUCCAAGAGUGGCAGAGGAUCUUACGACUAGUUCAACUGGCUAGCUAACUAUAGCUAACGUUAGCAAGCGUACGUCCAGCUCAGAAUGGCCAGUGGGUGCAGUGAUUGCUCAGCGGGGACAUCAGCUUGCUAGUAGCAGUCUGUCCCAACUCAAUGUAUCUUGAGCUGUUACAUUUUAUCAUCUAGCUGCAGCAAUGAAAUUGGUUUCAAAUCUAUUGCAAUUUUGUCACCUGGAGGCUAUCUAGGAAUGUUACUUUGUAACCGCGCGCGCACCAAUCGGACUUUGAAGUUCGCUGACUAAAUCAAAUCAUUUUAUUGGUUGCGUACGCAAAAUCAAUCGAAUGUAUUUAUCAAGCCCUAUUUACAUCAGCAGAUGUCACGAAGUGCUAUACAGAACCCCAGCCUAAACCCCAAACAAUAAGCAAUGCAGACGUAACACCACGGUGCAGCGAAAUGCUUAUGUUUCUAGCUCCAACAAUGCAGCAAUAUCUAUCAAUUCAACAACAAUACACCCCCGCCCCCCCAAAAAAACGUUUUACGUUGGUAAAAAAAAAAAUUCUGGUGUCUGAUCGUUUUUACGUUGGUAAAAAUGUAUUCUGGUGUCUAUUCGUUUUCUUUCAUGAUACAGGAUCUGAAUGCCUUCCAGACAGAUUGACAGUGUCUUCUAAUAUGAUGAGAGAGAUAAAUUGGAGUCUACUUCGGAGAGUCAAUCAAGAUUGACAGUGUUAUCGGUGUUCUCUUUCCCUUGGAUAACGUCGGAGACCAAUCCGCUAGACAGGCGCCAGAGCAGAGGCCUCUCUAACUCCAACCACCCCAUAAGUCACCCUGAUAUGGAUGGAACCAAUGACACAGAGGGAUCCAGACAGCCAGCUGAGGUUAAACAACAGUCUCCUGCCGGGCAGCAGGCCAUGGGGGGAGAUGUUGAGGAGAGCAACAGCAGUGGGAAUAGCCAGAACCCUGGAGAGAGAAAAGUCUGUGGUUGUGCUCUAGCCCAAAUGCCACCGCUGAAGCCUCCCUCCACGUGGACCUCCAUGGCGAUGAAGGAGCUUAAGGCCAAGCUGCGACUGGAGAAGGACAGUGUGGUGACAGUGAAACGAGGAAACAUUAUGACAGUGCAUGUGCCCACCGUUCCUGAGGGAAAGCAGGUGUGCUGGGAGUUUGCCACAGAUAGCAAUGACAUAGCCUUUGGAAUCUACUUUGACUGGACCCCUGUCACCAGCCAGGCCAUCACGGUCCACAUCAGUGAGUCCAGUGAUGAUGAAGAGGAGGAAAAUCAGCUAGAAGGACUUAUCAACACAGGGGAUGUUGAGAAGGGUUCUAAAUCAUUGGCCAACUCCAACAUAGGGGAAAUCUUACCUGUGUAUCGUCUGGACAGUCACAUUGCAGUGCAAGGUGGCAGUCACGAGUAUCCAGGAGAAGGCACUUACCUUCUGAAGUUUAAUAACUCAUACUCACUAUGGCGAAAUAAGACUCUGUACUACAGAGUGUAUUACAGUGCCUGAGGAACUGUAACCGUCAGCUAUUGCAUAUGACUGUAUGACUUACUAGAAUUACAUUUUUGAUUCCAUAGAACAUGUUAUCGUUAAUUAUAAGUGCAUAGAUUUUUCAUCACAAUCAGCAGAUGUUGCUCGCUCCUAGUCUACACUUAAAAUCUAAGAGGACCAGAGAAUUAUGAAGUGGGACAUUUUGCUCAUAUGUUUUACUGUGAUUAUAGAGAAAGAUUUGACGUAGCCUUGUGUUUGUGCCAUGUUCUGUUUAAAAGUUAUGUGCAGUGAGUUAAGGCAAAUUGACCAUAUUUUAAAGAUAUAUAUUCUAUAUAUAGUUUAUGUACAGUACCAGUCAAAAGUUUGGACACACCUACUCAUUCAAGGGUUUUUCUUUAUUUUUACAAUUUUCUACAUUGUAGAAAGACUCUACACCUGGAAUGCUUUUCCAACAGUCUUGAAGGAGUUCCCACAUAUGCUGAGCACUUGUUGGCUGCUUUUCCUUCCCUCUGUGGUCCAACUCAUUCCAAAUGAUCUCAAUUGGGUUGAGGUUGGGUGAUUGUGGAGGCUAGGUCAUCUGAUGCAGCACUCCAUCACUGUCCUUGGUCAAAUAGCCCUUACACAGCCUGGAGGUGUGUUGGGUCAUUGUCCAGUUGAAAAACAAAUGAUUGUCCCACUAAGCGUAAACCAGAUGGGAUGGCGUAUCGCUGCAGAAUGCUGUGGUAGCCAUGCUGGUUAAGUGUGCUUUGAAUUCUAAAUAAAUCGUUGAGAGUGUCACCAGCAAAGCACCCUCACAGCUCCUCAUGUUUCACGGUGGGAAUCACACAUGCGGAGAUCAUCCGUUCACCUACUCUGCGUCUCACAAAGACACGGUGGUUGGAACCAAAAAUCUCAAAUAUGGACAGAUUUCCACUGGUCUAAUGUCCAUUGCUCGUGUUUCUUGGCCCAAGCAAGUCUCUUCUUAUUAUUGGUGUCCUUUAGUAGUAGUUUUUUUGCAGCAAUUUGACCAUGAAGGCCUGAUUUACACAGUCUCCUCUGAACAGUUGAUGUUUAGAUGUGUCUGUUACUUGAACUCUGUGAAGCAUUUAUUUAGGCUGCAAUUUCUGAGUCUAGUAACUCUAAAGAAAUUAUCCUCUGCAGCAGAGGUAACUGGGUCUUCCUUUCUUGUGGUGGUCCUCAUGAGAGCCAGUUUCAUCAUAGCCCUUGUUUUUACGACUGCACUUGAAGAAACGUUCAAAUUUCUUGAAAUAUUUCGCAUUGAUUGACCUUCAUGUCUUAAAGUAAUGAUGGACUGUCGUUUCUCUUUGCUUAUUUGGGCUGGUCUUGCCAUAAUAUGGACUUGGUCUUUCACCAAAUAGGACUAUCUUCUGUAUACCACCCCUACCUUGUCAAAACACAACUGAUUGGCUCAAACGCAUGAAGAAGGAAAUACAUUCUACAAGUGAACUUUUAACAAGGCGCACCUGUUAAUUGAAAUGCAUUCCAGGAGACCUCAUGAAGCUGGUUGAGAGAAUGCCAAGAGUGUGCAAAGCUGUCAAGGCAAAGGGUGGCUACUUUUAAGAAUCUCAAAUCUAAAAUAUAUUUAGUUUUUUUUUAAACACUUUUUGGGUUACUACAUUAUUCCAUAUGUGGUAUUUCAUAGUGUUGAUGUCCUCACUAUUAUUAUAUAAUGUUGGAAAUAGUAAAAAUAAAGAAAAACCAUGGAAUGAGUAGGUGUGUCCAAACUUUUGACUGGUACUGUAUAUUAAUCAGACACAACAUUUCUUUGGUGGCAGCGAUCAGGGAACACUGAUAGAAAGAUGAUUGCUAGGUGGAAAGCUUAAUCAGGAGAGGUGCUCCAAAGAACUGUCAUUUGUUUUAUAAUUUGCUUCAUGUAUGUCACUUUUUUGCCUUUAAAUUGUUAUUAUUUUAACUUGAAUUGUAUGAUAAUCCAAAUGCAGUUGAACAAAUAUUCUGCACAACAAUUCAAUAGUUUUUUUUGCAUACUGUGAUUGGAAUGAGUGAUUGUCAAUGAAAGAAUAUUGAAUGUUGCUCCGAGUCCAAUGAUAAAGCAAAUGGUCACCAUCUGUCUUUAUGACACAAAUAAAAGCCAUCCCCUAUCACAAAAAGCUCUUAUGUAAUAUUGGUUCAAUAUUUACAUUGCCAAGUCCCUAUUUAGUUUGCUGGUUGUCAGGCGUUGGUCUUUGUGGACAAUAGCAUGAGAAUAUUGUAAAUACUAACAGAUUCAAUAUAUUUCCAUACUGAACAAAAAUAUAAACGCAACAUGCAACAAUUUAAAAGAUUUUACUAAGUUACAGUUCAUAUAAGGAAAUCAGUCAGUUGAAAUACAUUAAUUGGGCUCUAAUCUAUGGAUUUCACAUAACUGGGCAGGGCAUAGGCCCACCCACUUGGUAGCCAGGUCCACCCAAUGGGGAGCCAGGCCCAGCCAUUCAGAAUGAGUUAUUACACAUAAAAGGACUUUAUUACAGACAAAUACUCCUCAGGACCCCCCCCCAGACAAUCCCAUAGGUGAAGCUGCCUGAGGGCGUGGUUACAUGUGGUCUGCGGUUGUGAGGCCGGUUGGAUGUACUGCCAAAUUCUCUAAAGCGACAUUGGAGACAGGUUAUGGUAGAGAAAUUAAUAUUAAAUUAUCUGGCAACAGCUCUCUUGGACAUUCCUGCAGUCAGCAUGCUAAUUGCACGCUCCUUCAACUUGAGACGUUUGUGGCAUUGUGUUGAGUGACUGCAAAUUUUAGUGGCCUAUUCUUGUCCCCAGCACAAGGUGCACCUGUGUAAUGAUCAUGCUGUUUAAUAAGUUUCUUUGAUAUGCCACACCUGUCAGGUGGAUGGAUUAUCUUGGCAAAGGAGAAAUGCUCACUAACAGGGAUGUAAACCAAUUUGUGCACAACAUUUGAGAGAAAUAAGCUUUUUGUGAGUAUGGAAAAUGUCUGAAAUCUUUUAUUUCAGCUCAUGAAACAUGGCACCAACACGUUAGAUGUUGAGUUUAUUUUUUGUUAAGUAUAAAAGUAUGAUUUGGAUCGUCCCUUUAAAGUACAAUUUUAUGCACAGAUCUCUGUAAAAGAAGAUCAUUUAUAUUGUGUGUGUCUUUGUGUUGUAGCUCUGUAUGCACCUAAUCAUGUUCUCAAUUGAUUAUAGCCGCCCAUACGAGGUUCCAAAAAAUAAUGUUUGUACCUCAUCCAUCUGUGUUGUGCAUGUUUCCAAAGGUACUGUAUCAUAUGAAUUGUGCUGUUAAAAUAUAAGGAACUGAAAAUAAGUGUCCCAUGAUUGCUGUGCUUUGUACUGCAUUCAGUUCUGUUUCUUAUAAGCUUUCCUUUUAAAAAUAAAUCACAAUAAAGAAGAUUCUCAUUUGCAUUGCA